UAUAUAUAUAUUAUAUGCACAUGCGUAUAUGGUGCGUAAGAUCAAGCGACAGACCGGCACUGCCCAAAAGAAUGUUGUCAUAGUAUUGUAUAUCGAGAUCAAAUUUGCUCGCAUUAUCAAUCCUCAAUGUCGUCUGCGACUUGUUUAGCUUAUAUGUGCCACUUACAAGUAAUUCAUGAUUGUCGUAGCUUAUUGGCGGAGUAUGUUCGGGAGUGUUGUCAGGAUUCAAUUAUCUCGAGCUUUUAUCAUCUGCGAUAACCAGCUUUUUAAACCGGAGGCGUGAUAUGAUUUGAUUGUCAUCGACUCGUUCCAGGACGCGAAUGAGCAAGUCUUGGACUACAGUAGAAACAUGCAUACAAAAUAUGAGAAGAAUUGUUACACAUUCCAAUAUUCUUCUAAUAUCAUAUUCAAGAUUGUACAUGGAUUUACAGAGUUAUUAUAUAUUGAAUGAAUUAAAAAAAAUGAUAAUACUAUUCAGCUAUUGAUAAAUUUCUAACAAAUAUCAGCCAUUAGGUUCUGUUACAAUGGAUAUUGGCAUUGUCAAAAUUGCAGAAGAUAAAGACUUUGAGAAAUUAAAACAAUUAUAUGAUGAUAAUAACAACUGGAAGUUAGAUUACAAUAAGCCUGAUUUAUCUGUUUGGACAAAAUCCGUCCCAGGAAUUAGUUUUAGAAUGGUGAAAGAUGAUUUAAUGUUACAGAUUAGAACAUGUUUCCCAGAUGUUUCACCUGAAACAUUAUAUGAUGUUUUACAUGAUCCUGAAUAUAGAAAAGUUUGGGACACUCAUAUGAUUGAAUCGAAAGAUAUAGGAUUUUUUAAUCCAAAUAAUGAUAUUGGUUAUUAUUCUAUGGCAUGUCCAUCUCCACUAAAAAAUAGAGACUUUGUCUUGCAACGAUCUUGGCUGGAUAUUGGUAUAGAACAAUUAAUAUUAAAUCAUUCCGUCUAUCACAAGGAUUAUCCACCUAAAAAACAUUUUGUACGAGCAACAUCUUACCUCACAGGUUACAUCGUAAGGCCUUCACGCAAUGGAGAUGGUUCCGAGUUGGGUUAUGUAUCGCACACAGAUCCACAUGGCAAGUUACCUGUAUGGCUUGUCAAUAAAGUUACACAGAUAUUUGCUCCCAAAAUGGUAAAAAGACUGCACAAAGCUUCUGUAGGCUAUCCGAGUUGGAAAUUACUUAACAAUCCAAAUUACAAGCCUUGGCAUUAUCCUGAACAAAUAAUGGCACCUAGAAUACGUAUUGAAGAAUGUGUAAAAUCUGCAGAAGAGAAGAAUUCAAAAUAUAAUUAUGUAGACGAAUCUGAUUUGAAGGAAAAUUUGGUUAAGGAAUCGGCCACAAUGGACAGUGAUUGAUUCGAUAUAAUAGAGAAGCAUGAGCAUUUUUAAAUAAGGUAAUAUAUAAUGGGCUAGAAUAAUGAUAACAAGGAAUAAUGAAGAAUUAUAGUUAUGCAGUAUUAUACCUAUACAGUAUAACAAUUGGCAAUUUGUACAUUUAUCAAGUUCGAUUUGAAUAUUUCUUAUAUAAUAAAUUCUAAUUACACAUAAUGUAACAUUUAAUAUAUGUAAAAUCAAGAUCAUACAUUUGGAAAAUUAUAUGCAAAAUCAUCUUAUGUGCGGACAUAAACGUCAAUAAGUUUCGAUGACCAGUUUUCUAUUAGGUAUUAAUUUCAAGCCAGAUUCAUUGGCAUAUUUGUUAAGACUCGCAAAUAAAUAAAAUAUAAAUAUAAAAAAAAAAAUACCGCAUAUAUACACACAAUAUGGAAAGUAUAUUCGAAACUCUUUUUAUAAUUUAUAUCACGGUACACACACGCGCACACGUCUUGAAAUAACUUAAUCUAUCUUCUAUAUUGUGCACCUUGUACAUUAUUGUUAUUUAUUGUAAAAAAUAUUAAUAUAUGCAAAAUAAUUGCAAUUUUGUAGUAUCGAAGAAUGUAACGAUUAGUUGGUAAGAAGUUUUUAUUAUUUUGAGGAAAAUUGGAAAAUUUCACUAGCAUUUCCGUUCUAAAGCGCGAUAUAAAAAAGGAUGAAGUCUAAGAAAGAAACGUUUUCAUUAUAUAAAAGGGAGAUUUUUUUCAUAUAUGAAUAUUUCAAUUUGUAAUUUUUUACAACAAUGAAUAAGCAAUUUAACAGAAUUGUGCAAAUC